AUGAAAACACGGCGGCGGCAGUACGUCUCUCGACCUUCUUCCACCUCAACGACGAUCUCAACUGAUCUCAUCACCGAAAUCCUCUUGAGAUUGCCGGUGAAGUCUAUAGCGAGAUGUCGCUGCGUAUCGAAGCUCUGGAACUCCACGCUUCGCGAUCCGUUAUUCACUGAGCUCUUCUUGACCAUGUCUUCGGCUCGCCCUCGGCUCUUGUUCUCCUUGGUAGAAGACCGUGAGCUCUGCUUCUUCUCAGCACCUCAAGGUGAGAGCUCGUCUACUGUCGCCGCAGAUUAUCAUCUCCAGUUCACAUUAGAUGAUUCAUACAAAGUUUGUGGUCAUGUUCGUGGUUUGGUCUGCCUUGCUGAUCAAGAAACGGCUCAUGUGAUAUGUAAACCAAGCACAGGACAGUUGUUCCCUUUACCAAAAGUGAAGACGAAGAAGACCUUUAGCGUGUAUAGUUUUCUUGGGUUUGAUCCGACUGAUGAAGAAUUCAAGGUGUUGAACAUAACCAGUGGGGUUCAGCAUCGAGUUCUGACGUUAGGGACUCAAACACUUGAAUGGAGAAUGAUCGAAUGUGGCAUUGGACGUCAUUAUCCUAAUAGAAAUAGUGACGGGAUAUGCAUCAAUGGUGGUGUGUAUUAUAUAGCUCGCUUUCAUGAGCCUGUUGUUGCGAUAGUUUGCUUUAAUGUGAGGUUGGAGAAGUAUAGAGUUAUUAACGAAGCUGAGGACAUGCAUCUGUUAGGUUCUUCAACUGUUGUAAACUACAAGGGUAAGCUAGGUGUUCUUACCAAAGAAAGCAGACGUUUUGAGCUGUGGGUUCUGGAAGACGCAGAGACGCAUCAAUGGUCGAAGAAUGUAUACGUAUUGCCACAAUCUCUGUGGGAGAAUGUAGCUGGAGAGGACGAGUUAUACAUUGUUGGAGUGGUUGGUGGUACUGAUGAAGUUGUGUUGUGGCCGGAAGAUGUAUGUGAUCCGUUGUAUGUUUACUACUACAACAUGGAGAGGAACACUUUGAGAAGAGUUGAGAUCAAAGGAAUGGACGCGGUUAGUGACCACACAGCGUACAUGACUCUAGACUAUGUAGAGGACGUGAAGCUUAUGAACUAUGUUUAG